AAACGAACUUUCCCUCCCGAUUCCGCUCUACCUCCAUUUGCUUGGGUGGCCCGAUAGCCUCUCGGAACCCUCAAGCCAGUCGGAAUCCGGGAUGUAACGUUCGUUCGGUUCAUCUUGGUGCUGAGUGAAAUUUCUUCUUGCUUCUCUAUUGCAAUUUCAAACAGCAGUGACGAGUAAUGUUGUGUGCACCUACCAAGUAGACUACUUGGAUCGAAAUCAGAGUGGGAAAAUAGAAGCCGGCCUACUUUUGUAACAUUUUCAUUUUGACAUACAGUGCAUGUAUUGCGUUACAUGAUUUGUUGUGAUUUCGAUGAAAAUUGAAAACAAGUGAUGUGUUUCUGUUUUAGAAAUAUAAAAUUGAACUUUGACAAGUUGGAGCUAUGGGAGAUCAAACUUUAUGGUGAAAAACAGGAGAAACUGACUGCAGCCCAGGUCCUACCAAUAACUCGAACUAGCACAGGAAAGCUUCCACCAACCCGUAACAUCACAUCGUCAUCUGGCGAUUUGUCGAACUCAUCAACACCGACCAGCAAUGGUAAUAGUGCCCCAGGUUCCAGUUUGGCGAACAAAUCGGCCAUAAUCUCUAGUAAGGCCUCGAGGGAGGAAAUAAACUAACAAAUGGUACAAUAACUUCGGCUAGAGAGGGCAGCACACAAUCAAAAGCGUGCGAUGGAACUCAAACAGCAACAAGAUGGUGCAAACCCACCGAAACAGUCCAUUGUUCAGCGUUGUAUUAUUGUGAAAGAACCGGACGGUACAACGAAGAUUAUUCAACAGAACAUAACUCAAUCUUCACGGUCUGCUUCUGCAUCAACUUCCCAGCCGAACCAAAGGCAGCAAUCUCCCGCGCCCGCCAAACCAGAUGGUCCACAAAAAGUGCAAAUCAUUCGUGAUGGGAAGGAUGGGAAGGUUAGCGUUCGUGGUCUGAACCCUGGGCAACAACUGAUUCAAACGCCUGACAGAAAGCUACAUGUUCUAAGUGCAGCCUCUGGAUCAAACUCAACAGCGGGCAAGCAAGCAAUUGCCGCUAAAGCGGGACAAAAUAUCAUCACGAAAGUGGCCACCAGUGGUGGUAGUACAAGUGGUGCAACGGCUUUUUUGUCGGCCCCCAGUGACUACCACAUCUACGGUUCAGUCACCGCCGUCACAAACGUCGGUACAGCAGACAGUUGCAUCAACGGCGACAGCGACGGCUAUUCGUAGGGAUAUAUUUUUCCUGUAUAUCGAGCUUCUUUUCACAUCCAGUUUUAUUCCAACUACUAGCUGACGCGACGAACUUCGUCCCGCCCAAAAUAGAUUUUUUGAUUUGAAUACUUUCAAACAUCCACGUUUUCUUACUAAGUGAACGUUGAGUGCAAUCACUGAACUCUUCAUUGAUUGAUUACCCUUUGACCCUUUACAAUUUCCUUUUACUAUAAAUUGUUUAGUACUUCUACAAAAAUAUAUAUAAAGUUAUUUUCAGACACAAUUCUCG